GGUGAUGUUCCUAGCUUCCCACAAGUGAACAGGUCCUCUGUCCUUCCAUCUCCCCUGAAAAGUACACGAGGUGCUCCGACAAACGCAAGGUCAGACAAUGCCGCUCAACUCGUGGGACCCGCUAGGCUAUGUGCACGAGCAGCCGACGCCUUCGUGCCUGCUCCGGCUCAAGAAGGACAUCGCGGACUUCGCAUCCCAGCCGCCCCCGGGUCUGUACAUCUCGCCCGAGGAAGCUGACAUCACCAGAGUACAUGCGCUUAUCGUGGGUCCAUCGGGCACGCCAUACGAAGGAGGCUUUUUUCAGUUCUUCAUGAAGUUCCCGCCGCAGUACCCCAUAAGCCCGCCGCGCGUUCGCAUUAUGACCACGGACGCUGGCCGAGUUCGCUUCAACCCGAACCUCUACGCCCACGGUAAGGUGUGUCUCAGCAUCCUCGGCACCUGGCAGGGCCCACCAUGGAGCCCGGCGCAGGGCAUCGAGAGUGUGCUCAUGUCGAUCCAGUCGCUGAUGAACGAAAAACCGUACUGCAAUGAGCCCAAGUUCCAGAACACACAGUCGUCCGUCAUAGGGUGCUACAACAACUUCAUUCAGCACGAAACCAUCAGAGUCGCCGUUUGUGGACAAGUCGAAGCUGCUCUCCAGGACAGCGCCGAAUGCCCCACGGUCUUCAGGGAGGUGAUCUUGAAGUCUUUCGCUGAGGCGUACGACAAGUACGAAGAGAUCGUCAAAGCGCAGCUUCACCUUACCGGUUCGACGAUGAGGGGCCUGUUUGCGGAAUGCGGCAGGUUUGAAUACGACAAGCUCCUGUUGAGACUGCAGUUACUCAAGGAACGUGUGGAGCAUAAAAUGCACGCCAUCGCUGCCAACACUGUCGCUGCCACCUCCGCUACAUCUUGAGCAGGGCGGCAAGACAGAAUGGCUGAUGUGCCGUUGAGGUCGUGUAAUUUAAUUUCCGUCUUGGUCUUGGUGGCGUUAUCGGGAAGAAUAUUCGGAACUAUCUUGGACGAAAUUUUGAAGCAGCCAUUAAACAUCGAGAGAGUAAAAGGCCAUGCGCACGCGCACUUGCCAAUAAAGAAGGAUAGUUGGUGGUUUCCUUCUUUUUAUUGAA